AUGGCUGAGGAAAAUCAGACUCUGCCUGAAUUUCUCCUUCUAGGAUUCUCUGAUCUCCGGGCUCUGCAGGGCCCCCUGUUCUGGGUGGUGCUUCUGUUCUACCUGGUCACCUUGCUGGGUAACUCUAUGAUCAUCAUCCUCACACAGGUCAGCCCGACCCUGCACUCCCCCAUGUACUUCUUCCUGCGUCACCUUUCAGUGCUGGAGCUCCUGUACACCACGGACAUCGUGCCCCGGACCCUGGCUGACCUGGCCUCCCAACAGCCCCGGGCCAUCUCCUUCCAGAGCUGUGUAGCCCAGAUGUAUGUCUUCAUUGUCCUGGGCAUUUCAGAGUGCUGCCUGCUCACAGCCAUGGCCUAUGACCCCUACGCCGCCAUCUGCCGGCCCCUGCAUUAUUGCACCCUAAUGAGCUGGAGGGCCUGCAUGGCCAUGGUGGCUGUCUCCUGGCUCAUGGGCAUCAUCAUAGCCACCACCCACUCAUCCCUCAUCUUCACUCUCCCUUUCCCCAGCCGCCCCAUCAUCCCACACUUCCUCUGUGACAUCCUACCAGUACUGAGGCUGGUGAGUGCUGGGAAGCACAGGAGUGAAAUCUCUGUGGUGACAGCCACUGUGGUCUUCAUCAUGGUCCCCUUCUCUCUGAUUGUCGCCUCUUAUGCCCGUAUCCUGGGGGUCAUCCUGGCAAUGGCCUCCACCCAGAGCCGCCACAAGUUCUUCUCCACCUGCUCCUUCCACCUGCUCGUGGUCUGCCUCUUCUUUGGAACAGCCAGCAUCACUUAUAUCCGGCCCCGGGCAAGCUCUUCUGUCACCAUGAACCGCAUCCUCAGCCUCUUCUACGCAGUCAUAACGCCCAUCAACCCCAUCAUCUAUACCCUUCAGAACAAGGAGUUGGCAGGCGCCCUGCACCACAUGGCCAAGAGCCAGGUCUCCUCACUCUGA